AUGUCCGUAUUCACAAAUCGCAGGAAGAGCGACAUCAUCGAAAAACAUCAAAAGAAAAUGGUUUCACGAGGAAGGAAAACCUUCGUUGAUCAUAAAACUCAGAGCUCAGGACUUGGCUUGCCCAAGAUCUCUCCAUCUAAGAAAAGCAAAGAAAUUUUGAAUAAUUUUUACCCGAAAUCUUUGAAAUUAAAUCGCUUAAAACUUGCCUCACAGGCUAGUCACACCUCCACACGCUCGAACUACAAAUCCGGGAUUCCUCCAAAUUCGAAACAGCUAAAGACAAUGAGGGCUAAGAAAUUCAUUGAAGAUGAGGAGGAAGAAGUAUUCACCAUUAACACAAAGCAUUCUAAGCUUGAAAGGUACACUCUCAAAGACAUUUGUCUCCAAAACGAGUGGAAAGAAGUCAAGCAUACCAUCUCUGGCUCUCUAAUGUGGUACAUUGGCCCAUUAAGGGAUAUUGAUAUCAAAAUUCUCGCUUACAAAUAAGUGUUACUUCAACAGAUACCCAAAAUCAAACCUAAUUUGAAGAAAGAGCAGGUUUCAUAGUAUAAUGAGGAAGUAUACACGGUUCUUCCCUGACCAGUUCAACUUCAUUCCGAACACAUUCAUACUACCAGAUGAGUUCAGGCAGUUCUGCCGGACUUUUAACAGUAAUCGGGAAAGAGUCUACCUAGCAAAGCCAUCCAUGAGCAAAGGAGGAGAAGGCAUCUUCUUUGUCAAGAGUAAAAGAGAUGUCGCUAAAGAUCCUUCUAAGCCAACUAGUCUGGUAGUACAGGAAUAUAUCCAGAACCCUCUCCUCCUCGGCAAAAAGUUUGACCUCAGGAUUUAUCUACUAGUUAAAGGAGUCAAAAAUCUUGAGGCUUUUGUAGCAAUGGAGGGUAUGGCUAGGUUCUGUACCGAGGAUUACACUGAUCCUCUAGAUGCCCUUUCUAAUGAAGAAGAAUCCAAAACCAACAGUUUAUUCAGCCAUCUCACUAAUUUCACACUUAACAAAGAGAAUGAGAAGUUUAAGACAUCUAAAGACUUCAAAACGAAGGAUGAAGGGUCAAAGAGACUUCUCUCAACCGUCCUCAAAUCCCUCAAGAAGGAAGGAGCUGAUGUUGAGUCCAUUAAGAACCAAAUAAGAGAUAUUGCUACAAAAAUAGUGAUUGCCUUUCAACCUUUCUUGGUAAACACAUACCAUACAGAAGUCGGCAUUGAAGGUGAAUCUAAUCAAAAUUGAUUUCACAUUUUCGGCUUUGACAUUCUGAUCGAUGAUAACAGCAAAUGAUGGCUGAUGGAGGUUAACUCUCAGCCAAGUAUGAGCUAUGUCCAAGAACAAGUUGUCACUGACGAAAAUGGGAUGCCUAGAACCCAAAAAAUCCCCUCUGAAAUUGACAAAUACCUAAAAUAAUGUGAUCCUCAAGGAAGCUCUUGACCUAGUAAUUGAUAAAGACCUCUGAAACAUGAAAAGCUUCAAAACCGCUGCCAAUCGUGGAUCGAAAGAAGGCCCAGUCUACGUUUUUGAAAAAGUCUUCCCUCCUAGCGACACUAAAAAGUACUCGAAAUUUAUGAUUUACAACGAGAUUAGGGUACUUUUCGAACUGCUGGCGGGUUACAAAAAGCCGGACAAUCUGACAAUCUCCCAAUUUCAAAAGUUAUGAAAUUACCCAGGAAUGAAGAAAGAUACUUUCAAAAAGCCGGAUUAUACGAUGCUUUAUCAAAGUUGUAAGAAAAGGCUUAGCAAGAACGAAAUGACACUAGAUGGGUUCACAACUGCUCUCGAGCACCUCGCUUGUCAUAUAUAUCCCGAAGUAGAUAGUAGCUACGAAAGGCUGAAGACUCUUGUAGCUCAUGUAAUCUCUUAUGCAUCACGCUAGAUUCUUUCUUAUUUCAAUUUGAUCAUGAA